UCCCAUUCCCAAAAGGCCCCCCACGGAACGAAUGCAAACUCCCUCCUCUUCCAGAAUUUUCAGAAAGAAAACCCACGCGCUCACUAGGAGUAUUGUUAACCAACACAGCUGCUUCGUCUAGACUCCCCAUGGCUAGGGUUCCCAGCAAGCACGGUCGCGAUGAAGCUCUGGAUUUCCAGGGAUUUUUGAAUGACUUGCAGGAUUGGGAGCUUUCUUUCAAGGAUAAAGACAAGAAAAUGAAACCUCAAGCUCCUCAAAAGGAUAAAUCGGUUUCUUCAUCUCGGAGUACUGGAAAAAUUCCCAAAUUUGAUUAUUCAAGGAGUAAUGCAGGAGAAUUUGAUUACAAGAAUUAUGGAGUAAAUAAAAUAUCAAGCGGUCUCAUAACUGAAGAGAGUUUUCCUGAUACUACUUCAGAGAAAGAACUGGGUAAUGAGCAUUUUAAGCAGAAGAAAUUUAAGGAAGCAAUUGAAUGUUAUUCAAGAAGCAUUGCCUUUUCACCAACAGCAGUGGCUUAUGCAAAUCGAGCAAUGGCCUAUCUCAAAAUCAGAAGAUUCCAAGAGGCUGAAAAUGACUGCACGGAGGCCUUGAACUUAGAUGAUCGAUAUAUAAAAGCAUACUCACGUCGUGCAACAGCUAGAAAGGAACUUGGGAAAUAUAAAGAAUGCUUCGAGGAUGCUGAGUUUGCCCUGAGGUUGGAGCCUCAGAACCAAGAAGUUAAGAAACAAUAUACUGAGGCCAGGUCUUUGUAUGACAAAGCAAUUCUUCAGAAGGUAUCUGGACCAUUGAGAGGCUCCGUGCAAGGAAUGCAGAAAGUAGGAAGCUCAGAGAGCAAGGUUAAUGGCCACAGCAUUCAUCCUGUCUUAAAUAAUAUUCAAGGGUCAGAAGUGGCUACUGUUCAAGAUCAUGCCAAGGAAAAUGAUGGACUAGUCCCUGCGAGGGCAUCUGCAGCUGUGGAGGAAAUAGAAAGCAAUGUGAAAGCCGGAAGUAGAGUAGGACAACAAGAAGUUGAUGGUUCUCGGGUAGAUGCUAUUCAGAGUUCUAGAGUGGACAGUGUUAAGAAAAAUCAACGAACUGGAACCCAAGAGCUUAAGACGUCAGUGCAAGAGCUGGCUUCUCAAGCUGCUUCUCGAGCUAUGGCUGAAGCUGCUAAAAAUAUCACAACACCAAAUUCAGCUUAUCAAUUCGAGGUUUCUUGGCGGGGACUCUCUGGUGACCGUGCAUUACAGGCCCGUUUGUUAAAGGCUGUAUCGCCAACUACAUUACCUCAGAUAUUCAAAAAUGCAUUGUCAGCUUACCUACUAAUGGACAUUAUUAAGUGUGUUGCCACCUUUUUCACUGAAGAAAUGGAUCUGGCUGUCAAAUAUGUCGAAAAUUUAACCAAAGUUUCAAGAUUUAACUUGCUCGUCAUGUGCCUUUCAUCUUCAGACAGGGAUGAUCUCCAUAAGAUUUGGGAUGAAGUAUUUUGUAGCAAGGCAACACCAAUUGAGUAUGCAGAGAUGCUUGACAACCUUCGUUCAAAAUACCACCUUAAGCGGUGACAGACAUGUCCCGAAAGGGUUCUUAGAGAUGGUGUUCGAGCUAUCUGAGUAUUUUUUUUUUUUUAAUCCUAAGCAAUCAUUGCACACGACUUUCUGGUCUUAAUCUACUGGCUAGACCUGUAUAAAAACAACCUACUAAUGAGUUAAAUAUGUUCUUUGGCA